AUGGCCUCUAAGGUGCUGAUCUUCGACGUCGAAAACAAAGAAGAGCUGUACUCCGUGGUGGUUAGCGAGUUGCGACGACACAACAUCAAAUAUCGGAAAGAGAAAACGUCCAAAGCGUCGCAGGAUAAGGUCAAAUGUAGACGCAUAUUCAACGCACCGUUGCACACGCUGGAGCUGACGGACGUGAUACUGGCCAAUGGAGGCAUUGUACAAAUUCCACUCUUCGUGUCCAAUGCGUGCCAGUUCAUACUGGAAAAUGUGUCCACCGAGGGGCUGUUCCGUAAAGCCGGCUCAUCGAAACGGCAGCGAGAUAUCCGGACGAGUUUGGAGUCGGGAAAACCGCUCGGUCGCUCGUAUCACGUCAUCGAUGUCGCUAACCUGCUGAAAACAUUCUUCCGUGAUCUGCCCGAACCGCUGCUACCAUGCGGCAACGUUCAGGAAGCCCUUCUUCGGUGCCUGCUCGGCGAACAGAACGUCCAGAAGCUUUUGAUGACCUGUCUGUUGCUGCCGCCCCUGACCCUAAACACGCUGGCAUUUUUCAUGCAGUUUCUGCACACCGUGUCCCAGCACUCGGGAAGCAACAAAAUGACGGUCAACAAUCUGUCGAUCAUCAUCACCCCCAAUCUGAUGCCGUUUGUCGAGGACCAGAAACGGAUGGCGAGCAACCAGCAAGUGGUACAGUUGCUGAUCGAACAUUCGCAGCAAAUAGGACUCGUUCCGGACACGAUUUUACGCCAGCUGAAGGACGAAUCCGUGAGCCACGGUGCCAUUAACGCGAGCGUGAACGAUCGGAAGAAGAAAAAACGGCGCAGUGGCUCUUUGACGCGCAUGUUCAACGGAUUCCGAAAGAUCGUCGGCGCCAUCGGUUCGUCGGAGAACCUGGACAAAACGGAUGAGUUGGAGGAGCAGGAUCCAACGUUGCCCGCCGUACCGAGCACACCGUGUCUCAGCAAGUCCGCCAAGAAGCGAAAAGUAACGGAUGGAAUGCCGUUCAGUGUGAAGAAGAAAAAAGAAGUGACUUCCUUUCUGCCAGACAACCAGGAACUACUGCCCUGCACCCCGACGGUGGUGAUCAAAGAGGUCAAGAAGAGCCGCCUUAGCCUAGGUGGAGGUAAAAAACCGGUCAAAAUAGUCCAACGUUUGCUACCGUCGGGCUCGGUACCGUCGAUUGCGGAGAACAAACCGAUGGAAAGGCGCUGGAGUGUGGUCGGUGCGCCGUGGGGUCGCAAGAAACAAAGUCGCAACAAGCACACAGCCAAGGACGCAACGGAUCUGUCGGGAGCGAAAACGGAGGACGAGUUUGAGGUGGAGGAAGUGGCCAAAAGGACGCUACUACACGGUGUUGGCCGCAUGUCGCCCGUCAUGUCUAUGCCGUGCCUCGCCAGUGCCGAAGGUUUGUUCGAUAUUGGCGCAUCGUCUCGAGCCAGAAACCAAGUGCCAGAGGCCCCCGACGAAACCGAUGGCGGCGAGGAAGAUUUCGUCAACUUCCAGCGAAGUGAAUACGAAGCGAUCAAAAAGCGCAUGACCGUCAUCGAGACCACCAUUUCGCAGGAGUUCCGGCACCUAGGCCAGCGGGAGGAGGUGCUGCUGGAGGAUGUGGAGGAUAAGUAUCGGCAGACGCUCGAGCACACGGAACCCAUUGAAGCAGUCUGCUCGUCGACCGAUCAGUUGGCGAAGCGCUUGAGCCGGGAGUUGAAGAUACGGCAGAGUGGCGAACACAAGAUGAUUCGUUCACCGAGCGCUCGAAAGAUUGGCACGAUCCGUCGUCGCAGCCGUGAAGCGGUCCGACUGUCACGCAACCAGUCGUGGCACAUUGGCAGCGGUUCGACCCGCGAUGGUGCUGCCGUCGAUCUGUCGUUCUAUCCGAAGCCGGCAGUACUGAAACGAGGUCGCCCCAAUACGGUGCAGAGUGGCUUGAAGGCCCCCGGUGAAAGCGAAGCUUCCCCAGAGAAGCUGGCGAAGCAUUCCGGCCAAAAGCUGGCUGUCACGCCGUCGCCGAGUGUGAACAUGACCAACUUCACCGACGAGGAAAAGGAGGAACGGUGGGUGAAUGCGGAGAGUUACUUUGAAACGCACAAUGUGACCGUGGACAGUGCGUCAACGAUGGACUCGAUGGGCGAGUUCCUGACACCGGCCAAAGUGCUGCAGGAGGACAGUUUCCAAACGCCCGACAAACACCCGCGAACGUCGUCCUUGCGGUCGGCUUCAAAGAUUUGCCCACCUUCGUUUGUGACGAAAAUCGAACUUAACACCUUGGCCAGCACCAAAACGCCCAUGCUGCCCCCACCGACCGUUCCGCCUCGAUCGGGGAAAACUCCCGCCCACCGCACACCGAGGCUUCCGCCGAGAACGCCCACCAGUGGGACUGCGGCAGGACUGGCAAGUGUUAUGCUCAAGUCCCACAUCACCCCGCUGCAGCAGGAGGCUCAAAGUGGCCGGGCAUCGAUCGCGCGAAUUCGAAGCCAAAACGCGGGCAUGGUGAUGGCGAAAGCGAAGCUGUUCGAUGGUUUAGUCACGAACGCGGACAGCGGACCGCUUUGUUCAAAGCGCACCGCACCGUACGUGAACAGCGGUGCCAAUCGUCGGCAGAGCGCGAAAUUCCGGUCGGCGACCGUGGCCGUAGCCUUGGAAGCGACACCGGACCGAGCGGAAUCGCACCCCCAGCUGCGGCAGAUACAGAAGCUGCGUUCCUCAUCGGCACACGGCACCAACCAGCGAAGUCCCCGCAAAGGGACCCCUCGGAAACGAGCGUUCACCAAAUCGGCCCACCACAGUGGUGCCAUCAAUCGGCGCGAAAAGCUUCGACAGAUUUCGAAGGGACAAGCGGGGGGGCCGGCGAACGCGUCAGUCGGAAGCGGAAUCUCGUCGAAGGUACUCAACUCGCCACGUCUGAUGCGCCAGUUACAGGAGAACGUUCAGGAGCAUUUCUGGCCGAGCGACGGUGGCUCGUAUGCGGAUGUUUGUAUCUCACCGAACGUGACGCUGGGUAAAGCAGGAGGCAGUGCCUCGACGACGCCCCACAUACGCCACCGGUUGCUGCGGAACUCACCGAGACGUAUUUUGGCGGCCACACCGUGCCGUGAAAACCGGAUGCUUCACCAUGCUGGUGACCGCACACGCACACCCAUGAAGGCCCUCCGAUGCUCGCCGAGUGCCGGUUCUGUUCCGUUCUCCACCGUGCCAUCUAGGGCCAGUACUGGUCCACUCCGGCGGAUGUAA